AUGUUUUUGUUCAAAACAACAAAUAAUUUAAGAAAAAGUCUUUCAAAUAAAUUUUUUUGUACAAGAUAUUCAAAAAAUCAUUUAUGGAUUUCAAUUAAUAAUAAUAAUAAUAGUAAUAAUAAUAAUAAUAAUAAUAAUAAUAUUAUUAUUGGUACAUUAGGAUUAACAGAGAAUGGCCCAAUUAAUAAAUUUGAUGAUGUUUUAUAUAUCAAAUUUCCAAUAAUAAAAGAUGAAAAUCAAGUUGAUGAUGAACCAUUAACCAUUUCUUUAGAUACAAUUUCUGACCAAAUUCUUUUAAAUUCACCAAUAAGAAAUUGUAAAUUGAUUUCAAUUAAUCAAGAUGUACUCGAUUAUCCAAAUUAUAUAAAUUCAUCACCAAUGUCAAAGGGUUGGUUAUGUAAAAUAAAAUUUUCAAAUAUAAAUGAUUUUAAUAGUUUAAUGAAUAAAAAUGAAUAUGAUAAUUAUUGUAAAAAUAAAAUAAUUAAAAUUUAA